ACCUGAAAUUAGAUCCAUUAUUUACAUUUUUUAAAUAUAUCCACACGGCGCUAGGCGCCAUAUUAAUACAUAUAUUGAAAUAAUAUUAUUAUUUAGUUGUAAGUAUAUUUGCAUGAUCUUCUAUCAGACGGAUUGUUAUGAUAUUAUAAUCGUACGUAGUACUUGAAACUAGUCAUCUAACCAUAAAAUCGAAUGUCAAGGAUUGAUUCUUAAUCGAUUUCGGAACGUACAGAUCGACUCCGAAAAAUUGAUUAUUUUAAAAAUAAAAUCGAUUCGCGAGUUGAAUCGGCAUUUAAUUUGCCAUCCCUUAUUCGGAAAGCGCAUCGGCUGCAAGUUAUUUAUUUUGUAGUGCAUUCUUUCCCAGAAAAACUGCAGCGUAAGUAAAUAAAUCACAAUUUUCUUACAGAAUUGAUCAAUUGACAAAAGCAAAAUAGAUAUUUACAUUGCAAAUAUAAAUAUUUUGUGAAAAUUUACAAUAUUUCAUCACUGCGCAUUAGUGGGAACUUCAGUGUGGAUAAUGUCAGAUCUCGACUCUUUUGAAGUUUUGAAGGAUUGGUCAGAACCAAAUUCUCUAAUUUCAAUGUAUGAGAAUGCAACAGCACAAGCCGAUAAAAAAGAUACGACUCCAACACAAGUCAACCAACCAAUAUUAAAUGAUGAAAAAUUUAACUCCAUAACCACAGCAAUAGCAUCGGCCAGCAAACCUACACAGGCGCCCGAUAGCAACUCUGGACAGUUUAUUGGACAUGGAGUUUGGAAAAGAAGCGUUGACUCGGCAAAAGCAAUGGAAGCGUCCGCUCAUCAAAGCAUAGUUCCGAAAGAUACCGGUGAUCUUCAGCAUGACGAUACAAGCGUAAAAGAAAGUGCUAAAACUGGGGCCAUACCGAAAACAAGUGCUGUAGAGCAAAAAAGUGAAACUAAUACAAAGGAGAGUUUAACAAACUCCAUGGCUGUGAGUUAUAUAAUGGGUCAGGUGCCAGCUGAUGCACUAAAGGCCAGUAUCCAUUCACAAUUUCCAAGUGUGUCUUUAGAAGCUUGCGAGGAGCUCACAACAGUUAUGAGUGAUUAUCUCAAAAUGAAAGAUCUGCUCAUGCAAGUUAACAGCAAAAUGAGUUCAUGGCUAGAAAUGAAAAAGCAAAUGCAAACUAACGAUAUGGAAAACCGUCAGAAGUUGCAACAAUGUCAAGAACAAAUAGCUACAUUACGUAAUGAAAACAUAAAUUUAAAAAGUGAAUUGGAGUCAAAAAUUGAGCAAAUUCAGGCCUACGAAGCUGUACGAAAACUGGAGCACGAGGAACUUGUAAAAAAUAUUUCCGAAAAAUCCGCACUGAUCGCCAAUAUGCGCACACAAAUUGAAAAUUUGGAAACACAACAACUUUCGUCAUUUGAGGUCAUUUCAAAAAUAGGAAAGAACGACGAAAAUUCAGAGAAGUCUGAAUAUGUUACACGACUCGAACAUGAACGUGUAAUUAAAAAUUUUGAACGCAAUAUGUCACAAUUACUGGCAGAGAAGCUGGAAAUCAACGAUAUGCAAAAACAAUAUGUCGAUGAAAUAAAUUGUCUCAAAGUAAAUCUCACCGUUUCUGAGGAAUUAGUUAAUCAACUAAAAACCGAUAUAGCUUUGUUGAAAGCUAAUGACAAAGAGAAAACUGAACUAUUUGAGAUUUACGCCUCACAACGCGCUGAAAUGCGUGAAGAACUCGAUGUACUGCGCCAGCAAGUGGAUGUCUACAGUCGUGACUUUCAAUUAGAGCGCACUGCACGCGAAGAGAUGGCUGGCGAGAAGGUACAACUGAUAGACGACUUGCGUGAACUCCAACGCAAAAAUCAUGAAUUAAGCGAACUAGUUAGUAAGUUGGAGGAACGUCAAACUUCUUUAACAAGGCAACAAGUCACUCCACCAAAAACUGCUUCAAGAAAAUAUUAUUUACAGGACAUCACUACUCUGACACCACCAGCUUCAACUAAACCCCAACACAUAUGUCCAAUAUGCUCAAUUACCUGUUCGUCUCUAACUACUUUGCAAGAGCAUGUCAAUCAGUGCAUAGACCGAAAUGUGCAUACAUAAAUAUAUCUAUUAUAUAUUAUUAUUUCUGCUUCUGAUAAAUCGUAUCGAAGAAAUGUAGAUGUAAAAAUAUCUACAACUAUAUAUUUAUAUAUAUAUGUGUAUUAAUUUAAAUAUAAAUUGAAGAAAUAUAUAAUUACAAUGUUCUUUGAAACUUACCAAAA